ACAGGCGCCACGAAAGGCAGCCUUUCUGCUGUUGGGAGCCCAGCGGAGGCCGGGGCUGCCUACCUGGGGAGGGGCGCGCCGAGGGCGGUGAUCCAGGCUGCCGGACCCCGCAGCUGAAAGCGCGCGGAGGCGGGGGCUCUGGGUGGAACAAGUCUCAGGAUGUCAGAGACGGCUGUCGACCGGGAAGAGGCGGGCUGAAGCCUGGGCGUGCUCCUCUCUUGACCAGAGGGGUCCUAGUCACCAUGGAGGACCCGCCUCCCGAAGAGACCAUGGAGCAGCUGGAUUCGUCAAGAGAGAGGAGUCCCCGCAGUGCAGGAGGCGACAUCUGCCAUCUGGGGGCCCUGCAGUGCACCCGCUGCCUCAUCACCUUCGCCAAUUCCAAGUUCCAGGAGCGCCACAUGAAGCGGGAACACCCGGCGGACUUCGUGGCCCAGAAGCUGCAGGGGGCCCUCUUCAUCUGCUUCGCCUGCGCCCGCUCCUUCCUCUCCUCCAAGGCCCUGGUCGCCCACCAGCGCAGCCACAGUCCUGCUACCAGGCCCUCCCUGACGGUUGCACCCACCAUUGCCCAGACCACCUUCCCCUGCCCUGAUUGUGGCAAGACCUUUGGGCAGGCCGCUUCUCUGAGGUGGCACCGCCAGGUGCAGGAAGCCCGCUUCCCUCCUGGCCCCUUUGCCUGCACUGAGUGUGGGCAGGACUUUGCCCAGGAAGCUGGGCUGCAUCAACACUACAUCCGGCAUGCCCGUGGGGACCUCUGAGUGCAGCUUCAGCCCUCCCCAGGGCAACGGGGGCUCUGUGGCUGGUGGGACUACCUUUAAUAAUGGGGUGGGCCCUUGGAGGAAUUUGCUGGAAAGGCAAAGGGCUCCCGAUUAAUAGAACCCAGAAUAUGCUCUUUAGAGCUUCAGUCCUUGGAGGACAGAAAGGCCUUCGGGGAAACAGUGAAAUCAGACAAUCUUGAGAUCUUUUGUUAAAUAUAUAUAAGAGGGAAAAUUAUUUUUAUCUCCCUCAUUCCCAAUUAAGUAGUUUGAAAUCACAAGCAGCUGUAGAUUGUGUAAUCACCUUUAAUUCCUCCCAGAUGGAUGCCAUGGGCUGUAGGAGCAAACUGCCCUGGCUUUGUGCCUGACUGGGGGCAGGGAAGGUGAGUGUUGCUGGCCUGUGAAGCCACCAGAUGGGUCGCAGCCCUGGAGCAGGUCCAGCCUUGGGGAUGGCAGCAGAGUUAGGAGCUGUACUGAGUAAUGUGGGGGUUGCGGUUCAAAUCUGUCUUCUCUCCACCCUCUCCCAGCCUUUCCCACCCGAGGGGCCGUGGCAUUGGGUGUCUCUGUCCUCCCACUCCAGAUAACUGACUGCCAUUUAAACAAUUUCAUGUGCCAUUCUGGUCAUGGAUAUUUUGUAUAUGUGUAGGUGAAAUGACAUGAAUAAACUAACAAAAAUAGUAUCUAAAAACAGAAAAGCUCUACAGUAAGAUAGCUAAACAAGGAACUCGGGUUUUUCAGCAGAAAUUCCCAGAGUACAUAAGAAGGGCAUGAGGAGGGGGAUCUCAGGGUGGAGCCCUGUGAGGAAACUGGUUUGGAAUCAAACAGAGAUACCUUCUGUUUCCUGCUGUAUUUGGCCAGCAUUGGGAGAUUUCCCAGUAAGAUCCUAUUUUCAGCUCCUGAGAAGCCCAUCCUUGGCUGAGUGUCACCUGGCCGAUUUAACUCCCUGGCAUUACCUGCCCUGCCCUUAGACACAAUGGUUGAUGCCCUGUAUACAAUAAUCAUAGACUCAUUUAAAUUGAGGGAUGCUUUUAAAGCCCACAGGUGCGAUGGAUGUGGUAGUGACUGAUCGCUGUCUCCCAAUUUUUAGCUAGGCAUAUGAUGGCUACAAAGGCCACAUUUCCCAGAUUCUCUUGCAGCUAGCUGUGGCCAUGUGACUAAGUUCUGGCUAAAUUCCUGGGUAGAGUCCUCCAGCUUCAGAAAGGGACAUGCCUUCUUCCACCUUCUGCCUGGAAUGUGGACAUGGUAUCCACCAUUUUGGACCAUGAGAGCAACAGAUGGGAUGGCAGAGCAACUUCAUGCAGCAUUGCCAUCAUAGCAGCCAGACAACACCCCCUUCCCUACUGUUAUAUGAGAGAAAUAAGCCUCUAUCUUGUUUAAGCUGCCAUUAGCUUGGGUCUCUGUCACAUGCAGCAAAAUUUAUAGCCUGAGGCAGGUGUCUGCAAACUAUGGCCAAAUCCAGCUUACCUCCUGAUUUUGCAAAUAAAGUUUUAUUGG